AUUUAAUGUUCCCAUUUGUUAGUAAUAUAUUUAGAUCUGACCUCCCACUUUUCAUUUUUGAAGAUAUCUUUGUUCCAGGACCAGGGAUCAGAGUGGGAGUCCCAAGACCACCUUACACAAAUCAAUAGUUUAGAGAUCAAGUUCCAAAGGUAUAUAUAAGUAAAUCCUAUAGUAGCCACCCAAUUUGUAGAAAAUGCAAAGUGUGAAAAAAUCACUCGCCGAUUACUCAGAGACAUAGGGACAAUAUUGGUGCAUAUUGGGGGAUAUGUCCUUUGAAAAGGGAGAUUAUACUAAGGCAAUUUAAUUUUAUGACAGAGCCAUUGAAUUGACAGAUGGCACAGAAAGUUCUUUUUUCAGAUCAAGAGGUUUGGCCUAUAAAAAGUUGGGGAAUUUAGAACAGGUAAAAGCAUUAAUGUAUGUAUUCAUAGGCGUAUAAGGACGCAAUUAUGGCAAUUGAGUUGGAUGAUAAAAAUAUCAAAGCUCAUUUAUUGUGUGGAUAAGUAUUGGCAGAAAGAGGGAAGUCGCAGGAUAACACUCAUGAUAUCGAGACAGCUAUUCAUAGGUUGACUAAGGCCAGAACUUUAUGUGCAGGAUAGAAGAAACAAUAUUAUGAGGAUGAAUUGAGUAAGUACAUCUAUAGAGCAAAAAAGUUACUUUGGUACAAGAAUAAAGAGUUGGAAGAUCAUAAAAAGAGAUAAGCAAUCGACAAUUACACAAAGUAUUUACAAUAAAGAGAAGACUUGAAUGAGGAGGAAAGAUAGAAGGAAAUUCAUGCAUUUAUUAAUUCUAUUGGAAAUCCGAAUUAAAAAUAGAAUUACGAUAUUCCAAGUUAUUUGAUAUGCAAAAUCACAUUUGUAAAUAUAGUUGUACUAUUGAAAUAGGAAAUUAUGGAGAACCCAGUAGUUACAGAUGCAGGUCAAACUUAUGAGAGAGAUAUGUUAAUUGAAGCAAUUUAGAAAAAUGGACCUGUUGAUCCUUGUACAAGGUAACCUAUCAGCGGAGAGUUUUAUCCAAACCAUAAUAUCAAACAAGCAACCUAGGAUUUCCUACUUAAUAACCCAUGGGCUUUUGAGUUUUAAUCUGGUGAAAACUAUGCAGACAUAGAAUUUUGA